UCUUCUCUUCUCUCACCUCCUCGACUAUAAUCUCUACUUCCUGGAUACGCCGUUCAGAAAAAUAAUCAGGUUGCAUUUGCUGUUAUAUCUUAUACCGAGUUUCCGUCAACCUGUUGCAUUUACACACACGGAGACGCAAUUUUUAACGAGAAAUACCCAUUUAAUGUCAGGAAAUUAACGACGAUGACGUAAUAUGGGACCGCGACGCGGUAGGCGCAGAAGUCGCAGAGAAAGAGCGCCACGUCAUUGAUCGGCGGAGAGACAGAAAAACACCCCCGCAAUUUAGUUCGAGUCCCCGCUUUGGACCAACUAAUAGACCGUUAUACUUCACCGUUUGCCUUCACUUUGUUUGACAUUUUCAUACCAAAGGAGGACCUGUCAAUUAUAGGCGGUUCAAAAUGACGGCGUCUAACUGGGGUCUCAUUAUGAACGUGGUGAACAGCAUCGUCGGAGUCAGUGUACUCACCAUGCCCUUCUGCUUCAAACAGUGUGGGAUAGUGCUGGGAACUCUCCUGCUGUUCUUCUGUUCGUGGAUGACCCACAAGUCUUGCAUGUUCCUGGUCAACACGGCGAGCAGCACCAAAAGAAGGACAUAUGCAGGAUUGGCCUUCCAUGCUUACGGGAAACCAGGAAAAACAGUGGUGGAGAUGAGUAUGAUCGGUUUGAUGUUGGGGACCUGUAUUGCUUUCUACGUCGUGAUAGCUGAUCUGGGCUCAAGUUUCUUCGCUCAGAUGUUAGGUUUACAGGUGACUGGCAGUUUCCGCGUGCUGCUGCUGAUCGCCGUGUCUCUGUUCAUCGUCCUCCCUCUGAGUCUGCAGAGGAACAUGAUGUCCUCCAUCCAGUCCUUCUCUGCUAUGGCGCUCAUGUUCUACACCCUCUUCAUGUUCACGAUGGUGCUGUCCUCGUUCAAACACGGGCUGCUCAGCGACUGGUGGCUAGGGCAGGUCAAUGUGGUGCGCUGGGAGGGUGUGUUUCGCUGUCUCCCCAUCUGUGGGAUGGCCUUCGCCUGUCAGUCACAGGUGCUGCCGACCUACGACAGCCUGGACGAGCCGUCCGUCAAACGCAUGAGCACCAUCUUCACCUCUUCCCUCAACGUAGUCACCAUCUUCUACAUCACUGUGGGUUUCUUUGGCUACGUCAGUUUCACUGAUAACAUCGCAGGCAACGUGCUGAUGAACUUCCCAUCCAACCUUGUGACUGAGAUGAUUCGCGUGGGCUUUAUGAUGUCUGUGGCCGUCGGAUUCCCCAUGAUGAUCCUGCCCUGCCGCCAGGCCAUCAACACCAUGCUUUUUGAGCAGCAGCAGAAGGAUGGGACGUUUGCUGCCGGGGGAUACAUGCCUCCUCUGCGCUUCAAGAUGAUCACCCUCUGCAUUGUGUUUGGCACUAUGCUGGGAGGCAUUCUCAUCCCCAACGUGGAAACCAUUCUGGGUCUGACUGGAGCCACUAUGGGCAGCCUCAUCUGCUUUAUAUGCCCUGCUCUCAUCUACAGAAAGAUCCAGAAGAAUGGCUUCAUUUCUCAGCUAGUGCUCUGCGUGGGUCUGGGCAUCCUACUGGUCAGCACCUUCACCACCCUCUCAAUUUCAUCUAGAAGCCCCGGCACCAAAAUCCAAGCUCCUCCUCCUCCAGCACCUGUCAAGCACAACCUGCCGCUACCGGACUUCCCUGAACAGCACGACAAUCCAACAAACAAGAAGCCAGCGGAGAUUGAGAAACCUGAGCUUCCAGCUGUGCAGGUGGUGCAGCCUGUAGAGAGGGGCCCAGCUGAGCCCCCCCAGAUUAAAGGACCAGUGGAACUGCCUGACCGGAAGAAGGAUGAAGAGGUGCAAUUGGACCGCCCUGAUGCCGGUGUCGCGGUGCCAGAGGGCGAGGCCCAUCGCCACGAACCCCCCAUCCCUCAUGACAAGGUCCAGGUUGACACAAGAGAUGAAGGGCCAGGUUUAGGGGACGCUGUGCAGGUAGCGGAUAAAAAAGACGACAAAGUUGAAGAGAAACCGAAGCCUGCUGAGGCUGUUGUGGGGAAAGAGGAAGUGGAUUUGGGUGGUGGUGAAGUCCGGUCCAAUGAAGACAAAAAGCAGGACGUCCCCCCGCCAAAGGAAGUGGAGAAGCCUGAGCCUGUGAAAGAUCCUCAGGCUGCGGUGGCACAAGUCAAUAAAGCGGGCAAAGCUCCAGAUGCUGCUGGGAAACGUGAGGCUCCACUUCCUGAAGGAGAGCACCAUCCUGCUGCAGACGAGGCUCCAGGUAUAGACAGCAAAGAUACGGCAGACGAGAAGAUGGAUGAGGGUCAGCUGGACCACGCCGUGCUACUGCAGGUGAUCAAGGAGCAGCAAGAGCAACAGAAGAGACUUCUCGACCAGCAGGAAAAACUACUGGCUGUCAUAGAAGAGCAACACAAGGAAAUCCACCAGAAACAACCGGCUGGGGCUGCUGAAGGUGAGGCAGAGAAAGGCAUCCAGGAGGGUGUGGAAGAUGGAGCAGCAAAGCCCAAAGAGCCUGUCCUCGACUCAGACCUGAAGCAGCCCAAGGAGGAAGCUGGAGCCGGAGCUGCCGAGCCUCAUCCCGCGGCCCAGCAUCAAGUGCAGGCCGGGGAUAAGGGUGCCGAGGUCGUAGCUGUUCAGGCGGCUUACAAGGAGGAUGACCAUGUUGCACUCAGAGGAGAAUCCCAUAUGCAGAGUGAGCUUGGGGCAAGGGGAGUGCCACUGAGAAAGAAAAGACCUGAGGAGCGUCAACCUGUACCUAAUGAUCAGGCAGCUCAACUUGAAGAUGAAGAAAGAAGCCUAGAUAAGGAAAAAGAUAAAACUGAAAAUCUUAAGAAAGAACAGAUAGAGAAAGAAGUUCAGGCAAGACUGGAAAAAGAACGGCUUGAGAGGGAGAAAAAAGAAAAGAUGGCCAAGGAGCAGGAGUUGGAAAAGGAGAGGAUAGAGAAAGAAGUGCAGGCAAGAUUGGAAAAAGAACGGCUGGAAAGAGAGAGAAAAGAAAUGCUGGCCAAAGAGCAGGAGAGAGUUGAGAAAGAAAAGAUAGAGAAAGAAGUGCAGGCCAGGGUGGAAAAAGAACGACUAGAAAGGGAGAGAAGAGAGGAGUUGGAGAAAGAGAGAGCGCUAAAGGAGAAACAGGAGAAAGCUGCAGAAGAGAGACAUCAGCAGGAGAUGCAGAAAGCACACAAUGAAAUACUUGAGAGAGCAAAGAAAGAGAAAGAGGCGGAGGAGGCUCGGGAGAGGCUGGCCCAGCUGGAGCGAGCCGUAGAAGAAAGAGAGGCUGCACAGGGGGCUGAGAGGGAAGACGGUGAAGCUUUGAAGAAAGGAGGACGAGACCUCAAAGAGGAAGCUGCUGCUCAGGCGGACCCAGGAGAAGGUGUGGAAGCUGGGGCCGUCAAAGCCGGGGCUCAGCCCCAGGGCUCCCACGAGAAGUUCAGGGACCAGGGAGAGAUGGAUCUGAGGCGGAGGCGCAGGGCACUGGGACCCGGAGAAGCUGGAGGGCCCCCUGAGGAGCCCGGGGUGCCCAGGGGGAUGCCGAGGCUGGAGCCCCUGCUGGAGCUGGGGGGCUCCGACCUGCACGCGGCCCUGGAGGAGCAGCUACUGGCUGGGGCAAUGGUGCACACGCGGCAGAUUAAACAGGCCUCAGAGGACGCGGGAACGAAAUAAAGCAUCAGACACACACACACACACAGAUUCUCAGUCAACGAUCGGGCAGCAAGUUCAACACCUACUGUACAGCUGCAGGAAACUUGUAAUACUGUGGACCGUGAUAUUGUUGCCUUCCUUUCUUUCUCUCCUUCAGAAAUGUUGUGGACAAAGAGGGACAGUUUCUCUUGAUACGGUCUACUGUGGAAAUAACGCAGUCUUUAUUAAAGAGCAAAGUGCAUGUAUAUAUUAACUUAUUUUUGUCUUUAGGGAGCACCAUUUUGAAGAGGUCACUGUUGAAAUGUAUAUAAAUCUAUGCAAAUACCAUUCCAUAGAGUGAUUAGACAGGGAGGGUGUAUUAAUGUUUGUAUUUGAGUCACCCAAGUUCCUUUUUAUUCACCAGCUUUGUGGAGUUUGGCUCUCUGAAGGAUCUGUUGUGUUCUCUCCUGUGCCGUCUUUCUAUUAAAAGUUCAGUUUGUGUGUAUCUGUUACUUUGAGAUGUAAAUAUUGUAAUAUCUGUUAAGGUUUAAGGUUUCUUUGAACAUACAUGUACCGCAUAUUGGAUGUAAUGUGGGUUCAGGUGCCUUAGAUUAAGUUGUUUGACUAUAUCUUCAAAUGAAAGGAACUGAAUUCAACCUCAUGCUGGAGCUACGGAUUACAUAGUGUAGCCUUAAGGUUUGAUAAACUGGACAAUGAAGCAGCUAGAUCCAGAUCACAAGUUAUCAAUCAUUCCAUCUUAAAUAUCUAUUCCUUGUUGAUUUAUCAGUGCCUUCCAAUGCAUAUGCUGCUGUUUUAUCAAAAACAAUGUGGCAGUUUUUCCUCCAUUUGUGUUCUUUUUGCUUCCACUCUUAUUGCAAAGAGUACAGCAAUUAUGAGAAAAUAACAUUGAGGACAGUGGAAGGAAAUAUUGAGGGAGUUUGUAGUGUUUCUUAGUAAUCCAAAAUUCUCAACAUUUUUGUUGGACCUUUGCUUUGUACAAGAGGCUAUUUUUUCUAUGUGCAUUGUAUUUCUGUACAUUUUGCUAAUAAUGAAUAAAAAUGAUUUCCAUUACA